AGCUUCUCUUUUCAUCCUGUAGUUGAAACAGCGGGGAAACGUCUCACUUCCCAGGAUGUUGGAGGAAAACUGCUCCCUCGCUGCCCUUUUCUCAGCCUCCGCCACAGUCUUCAGUGACAGCGGCUGCCCCGACGCUGCUGUGAUGUGUGGAAUGAACAUCUCCUGGCUUUUAGUCAACGCUACCAAAGACGAUGAAAAGCAACUAUGCAUGAGUGAAGAGGAGUAUCUUGCCAUGCACCUUGGUCCUGCAAAGUCCCCCGUGUUCCUCCCUGUGUGCAUCACCUAUCUUGUCAUCUUCAUGGUGGGUGUCCUGGGAAAUUUUCUGACCUGUGUGGUCAUUUUGCACUACCGGGUGAUGCAGACACCCACCAACUACUACCUGCUCAGCUUAGCCGCGUCCGACCUGCUGGUGCUGCUGCUGGGCAUGCCGUUAGAGCUCUACGAGAUGCAGCAGAACUACCCCUUCCUGCUUGGAGAAGGAGGCUGCUACUUUAAAAUCUUUCUGUUUGAGACUGUCUGCUUCGCCUCCAUCCUCAACGUCACGGCGCUUAGCGUGGAGCGCUACGUAGCGGUGGUGCACCCUCUCAAGGUCAAACACCUGGACACACGUGCUCAUGUUAAGAGGGUGAUCUUCAUGCUAUGGGGGCUGUCGAUGCUGUGUGCUGUCCCCAACACCAGCCUGCAUGGGAUUGCUGUGUUGCCUCCAAGGUUUGGACGCGAGUUUCCUCGUUCAGCUAUCUGUCACGUGGUCAAGCCUACCUGGAUGUACAAACUGAUCAUCCUGAUUUCCACGCUGGUCUUCUUUGUGCUCCCCAUGUUCAUCAUCAGCAUCCUCUACUUGCUGAUUGGCUUGCGGCUGCACAGGGAGAAGAUAAUAACUGUGGUGGGUGCUAAUCCCAGCUUCGGGACGGACAGUCUCUCCAAGUCCCACAAGCAGAGGCUAAGCAAACGCAACCUGCAGGUCACCAAAAUGCUUUGUGUGCUGGUUGUAGUCUUUGGCAUCUGCUGGGCUCUCUUUCAUGUGGACCGUCUAAUGUGGAGCUACAUGGACAUGUCCUCCGUGCAGCACCUGAAACUCUUUGAGAAUGUCCACAUCAUCUCUGGGGUCUUCUUCUACCUGAGUUCUGCUGUCAACCCAGUCCUCUACAACUUCAUGUCCACCAGGUUCAGAGAAAUGUUCCGCCACAUCACAUGCCACUCCAAGGGCUGGCAGGCACCUGUGAGCUUAACCCUCUGAUGCAAGAAUUAUGAAAGCCUUGGACAAGAUUUUUUCCUGAAGUGCUUUUAUUCUUCUCAGGACAUGAAAAAAAAAGGUUCAACAGUUUUUUUCCAAAAAUAUGUUUUUUUAAAUGAAGUUAUCGACAUGUCCAAUCCAGUGGACUACAUGCGCCUGAGCACUCAACAUGAAAAACUGUACUUACUGUAAAAAUGAAGUACCUUGUGUUCUAUUGUAAAUAUACAAACACCUGUUUGCUUGUAUGCUUUGAAAAGCAUUCAUCUCUAUUCAGCCCCAAUGUUUAGGCGUAAAUAACAAAACAAAUGAACAGUCAUAGCUGUGAAUCCUACAUCUGAAUAUACCAAACUAGUAUCUCCAACAGGAGAAACCUUUUAGAGUCCGCACAACUCUAACGAUGCAGGACAGUAUUACCAACUCCUUACAUCAGUAUGUUAGAAGAGAGACAAACUGACAACUUAGUCUCUGUGUGUCCGAACACGAAUAUGUUCAUCACACCUAGGCUGUGUGAAAGUUUGCAAAGCAUCCAGGGCACAAUGGCACGGAGCAUUGCAUGCAGAUGUAUUUGGUCUUCUGUGUGCACGCAGCAUCAUGGCAUCUGUUUGCAUUUUUCACCUCGGUCAGUUGGCCCGUGAUAUCCUGUGGCGAACCUGACCUCACGUGCUACUUUGGUGACUGCUCUCCGUGUCACGGGUUGUGGGGUCCCACUGGGUCUUUCUCUUUUGCAUUGCUGGAGGGUGCCGCUAUUUAUCAGUGCACGAGCCACAGAUGCUUUGAAGGGGAGGAGUCUCGUCUCUUCCAAACCAGACAUUUGGUAGAGACGCCAGGCGUUUACAACGGUCACAUCCAAAAAAAUGAAAAAACACCCGGAUGUACCAUCUCUUGUUUCGAUGUCUGUGGGGGUACAUUGCCAGACAUUGGUCAACAAGAUCAACCCCACCCAUGUGUUGAUUGUAAAGGGCCACAGAGAAGGGCUUUUGGACCAUCAUCAUCUUUUUUGAUGACUCAGGGCAGCUCGCUGAAUGAGGAAGUGCCCAACAGCUACAGGUGGGAUUAAGGCUUUCUGAGCAGAAAGGAAGUUGGAUGGGAAAAGGCAACAAAUAAAUUAACAAAAGAAAUAAA